AUGGAUAAUAGUGAUGCCUUGCUAGAUAAUGCUAUAGAAGCAGCCAAGAAAGCUGUGCAAUUUGACCAAGAAGGUGAGCAAAGAAUUGCUUCAUACUAUUAUGAAGCAGCAGCACGUUUUUUGGGACAACUUGUGGUUUCAAUAGCCUCAGAUGAUCCUGAAAAAGCACAAUCACUGCAAGAAAAAUCUAAUCAGUAUAAAUCAAGGGCAAAUGAAUUAAGAAAUAAUGUACCUCAGGAACAUAAAACAAUAGAUGAAGAUGGGAGUAAGUCUAGGUUAAAAGAAUGUUACUUUUUAUUAAACCAAGCCAUAGAUGAAGAUGAAGGGGGAGAUAAAGAAGAUGCAGUGGAGUUAUAUGCCAAAGCUAUUGAAUAUAUUACCCAGUAUCCUGAUUUAAUGCAGGGAGAAUUAAAAGCUCUUAUUAUGCAGGCUUUGGAAAGAGCUGAAGAAUUAAAAGGAAUAAAAAGAGAAUCUCCAACUACUUCAAGUACAGAACCAUCCCCUACUAAUAGUAAACCAUUUAAUCCUGUUCAGCAAAGGCCAGUUAUUACUCCCAAACCUCAACCAAGAGCUGUUAGGCCAGUGACAGCGUCUGAUGGUAGUGGAUAUACAGAAGAAGAAAAAAGGGUACUCUUGCAUACCUCAAAUAUUAAUGGAAGGAAUUAUGUUCCUUUUAUGAACAUAGAUUUGUCAGAAAGGUUUCAAUAUUCAAUACCUUUCUCAGAUAAAGAUGGCCAUUUACAGUUGUCUCCCAAGCAAAGAAGAGAUUUUUACAAAUUUGUAAGGCCAGAGGAAAUAUGCUCAGACCCUUGCAUUGUCUAUGGGUCAGCUCCGAACUAUUUAAGUAUAAAACAAACUGUGAUAUCUGAUUGUUCGUUUGUGGCCAGUUUGGCAGUUAGUGCUUCAUAUGAAAAAAGGUUUGGUCGAAAACUAGUUACAGCUAUUAUCUACCCCCAAACGAAGGAUAAUAAACCGAUAUAUAAUCCAUUUGGAAAGUAUAUGAUCAAAUUACAUAUCAAUGGAAUCCCAAGGAAGGUGAUAAUAGAUGACAGUUUACCUAUAGAUAGAUAUGGCAGGUUGUUAUGUUCAUAUUCAGCAAAUAAAAAUGAAUUUUGGAUAUCACUUUUAGAGAAAGCUUAUAUGAAAGUUAUGGGAGGAUAUGAUUUUCCAGGAAGCAACAGUAACAUUGACCUUCAUGCUUUAACUGGCUGGAUCCCAGAGAGAGCUGCAAUAAAGAACUGUCCAGACUUUAAUAAGGAUGCAGUGUUUCAGAAAAUCGAAACACGCAUGGCAAAAGGGGAUGUUUUGGUGUCUGUUGCUACAGGAGAACUUUCCGAUGCGCAAGCUGAAAGAACUGGGCUUGUUGCUACUCAUGCUUAUGCUGUAAUGGAUGUGCAGACCGUUAAUGGGGUGCGAUUAUUUAAGCUUAAAAAUCCCUGGUCCCAUCUUAGAUGGCGAGGAAACUACUCCGAACUGGAUACUAGACGUUGGACACCCGAGUUACAGAGGAUACUCAAUUUUGAUCCAAACAGUGCAGCUCAGUUCGACAAUGGUGUAUUUUGGAUAGAUUAUGACAGUCUUUGCAAUUUCUUCGAUGUAUUCUAUAUGAACUGGAACCCAGAACUGUUCAAGCAUACAUACUGUAUUCAUCAAUCUUGGAAUGCAGGAACUGGUCCAGUUAAAGAUCUUUACACCAUCUCCGCAAAUCCGCAGUUUUCGUUGGACGUACAAGGAGACUCGUCAGGCGCUGUAUGGCUUCUCCUUUCCAGACAUAUUACAGAUAUCGAAGAUUUUAGGGACAACAAGGAGUACAUUACGCUCUUCGUUUACCAAGGAGGAAGAAAAAUUUACUAUCCCUUUGAUCCUCCACCUUACAUUGAUGGAGUUAAAAUCAACAGUCCGCACUAUCUUUGCAAAAUAUUGUUGAGUCCUGGGUCUAGUAGGAAGUUUACAGUUGUUGUUUCCCAAUAUGAGAAGUCUACAACCAUUUACUAUACGUUAAGAGCUUAUGCCACUUUACCAUUUACGUUGACGAAAAUAGUUGAUCCGUACAAAUACGAAGAUCAAAUGACUGGUGAAUGGCGAGGAAUCACCGCAGGAGGCUGUCCAAAUCAUCAAGCGUCUUACCCAAAUAAUCCACGAUUUAUAUUAGACCUUGAUUCAAUUUCAGAUAACAACCAUAUUUUAAUAGAAUUAAAAGGACCUAAACAAUACCAAUUGGGAUUUGAAGUAAUGAUACAGCAGGUUAAAAAUGAAUCUACUACUGCACCGUUUAGAGCAAAAUCUUCUGGAUCAUACAGGUCUGGAUACGUCGUUAUGGAUUUACCAGGUAUUCCAGCUGGUACACUGCGUAUAACUCCAUCAACAUUUUAUCCAAAUCAAGAAGGCCCCUUCAUCAUAAACGUGAAAUCAUCUGCACCGUUUAAACUUCUUAAAGCUUAA